AUGGCAUCGCAGUCGAGCAAAACGUACGCCCAAAGAGGCCACGCGCAUCAGCACCCCGUUGCGCGGAAGUUGUUCGAAAUCGCCGAGCUCAAGAAAUCCAACUUGGUUGUCUCGGCUGAUCUCGAGGAAACGGAAAGCUUGCUCCAAUGCGCAGAUGGCCCGUACAUCGCCGUGUUCAAGACGCACAUCGAUGUCGUGAGAGACUUUGGCGACGCCACGAUCCACGGUCUCAAGACGCUGGCCAAGAAGCACAACUUUAUGAUAUUCGAAGACCGCAAGCUCGUCGACAUUGGCAACACGGUCCAGAAGCAGUACCACAACGGAGCCCUCCGCAUUUCCGAGUGGGCCGACAUUGUGAACCUCAGCAUCCUCAGCGGCGACGGCAUCGUCGACGCUCUCACGCAGACCGUCACGGACCCUGGCUUCCCGUUCCGUGGCGAGCGCGGCUUCCUGCUGCUCGCGGAGAUGACGUCCAGGGGAAGCCUGGCGACGGGCUCGUACACGAGCCAGUGCGUCCGUCUGGCGCGCCGCCACCCCGAGUCCACGUUUGGCUUCGUGGCCACGCGUGCCCUGACGGCGGUGCAGCCCCGGGAUGGCGGGCCCGACGAGGACUUUGUCGUCUUCACCACGGGGAUUAAUCUGGAGAGUCGUGGGGACAAGCUCGGCCAGCAGUACCAGACUCCCGCGGAGGCGGUUGGCCGGGGCGCCGACUUUAUUAUUGCUGGGCGUGGCAUCUACGCGGCUGGGGAUGCGGUUGCCGCGGCCAAGAGGUACAGGGACGAGGGGUGGAAGGCAUAUCUGCAGCGAGUUGGCGGCUGA